ACCUGACGCCCACCCGCUCCCGCCUCGGGACGGGAGACAUAAAUGCCGACUGUGCGGAGAAGUUGCCAGCUGCCAAGUUUGCAGUGUUUGCUGUCUCUGUGAGUCGAGAAAUCCCGGGCACUCUCUGUCUCCGGGACUUUUGCUCACCGCUUCCAGCCUCCUCCCGAGCUCUUCCCGGCUGGGCCUGAAGCUUCGAAGUAUUUUUUUUUCCUUCAUCUUUUCACAACCCACAAAAACCACUAGCUGCUGAGGCUCCAACGAGAUCAAGAUGUGGACCGCGCCAGUGUUGUUCUGGGUUUUGGGGAGCGUUUGGUUCUGGGUCUCUGCGCAGGGAGGGACCAUAAGCGCACUAGAAGAUGAUAUUGUGACCCCAGGUACAGGAGAUGGCGUAGUGAUCCCAGGUCUAGAAGACAGAGUAGCAACCACAGGUGCUACUGGAGGGCUGAGUGAAUCUACUGGCAAGGCACCUCUGGUCCCGACACACACAGAGAGUGAGACGAAGCCUCCCAUUGAGGAGUUGCCAACCGUAGGAACCUCAGACCAUGAUCACAAAGAGCAUGAGAGUACGACCACGGUCAAAGUGGUGACUAGCCACUCGUCGGACAAGAAAACAAGUCACCCCAAUAGAGAUAACGCAGAUGAUGAAACUCAGACAACAGAUAAGAAAGAUGGCUUGGCAGUAGUGACCCUGGUUGGAAUCAUAGUUGGCGUCUUAUUAGCCAUCGGCUUCGUUGGAGGGAUCAUCAUUGUGGUUAUGAGGAAGAUUUCUGGAAGGUUCUCGCCCUAAAGAGCUAAACGGAACUGGUUGUUCUCCCAACAUAUCUGAAAAUAGGAGAGCUGCCAACUUGCUCUGUUCCCCAUCCUCUUCCUGUGGAGGAAGAUGACCCAUGGAAUGCCCACCCACCCCACUCACAGCCAUGGUGACCCCUCCACUUGCCAGCAGUACCGAAGGAAAGAUACAGGACAAGCCAUGGCCCCUCCAAGCAUCUGCCUUUGGAAAACAAAUUUUUUAACAUAAAUAUCAUUGAUCAAUUCAAAAGACAACAUGCUUAGAAAAUGGAGCAGAGCUGAGAUAGUAUCACCAGCUUUAGCAGCUGUAACCAUGGGUUUGUCCUGGCCAGUCCCUGUUACUGUUACGAUGUAAAGGAAUCUGGAAAUGUUACAGAGUCACGGGUCCUUUUUCAGUUGCCAACCUGUAAUUGCAGUGGAUACAUACACAUUCCAGCCUACCAGGGUCUGUUCUCAAAUGUGUUUGAAUCAUUGCAUUGAAAGUAUAAACCUAAAAUCAGGCAUGAUAGGCAACCCCUAGGGAACUUCGUUAGACCAUUUCAGGAGCAUCCACUGUGCCUUCAGGUCCCAGAAGAUACUUCGAUUUUUGCAAGUCUUCAAACCAUCUCUAAGCCUCAGAUGACUUGGGGACCCAGAGGUCUGUCUCCUCCACUCCCCAUGGUGAUGGAAAGCCCAAGUUGAGAAGCUACAUCCUUAUCUCCUUAGGACUCAACACCCUCCUCAGAUCAGCCACUUCUUCCUGGACCAUGGAGAUCUCAUUCCAGAUGCUGAGAAAGCUGUUGGAUGUCACAAGAUGCUAGAGGUGCAGCCACUGUAGAACUAAGAAUGAAACUGAAACUCAGUCCUUAAGUGGAAGUGGCCCCUGUGCCUGCUUUAGAAUAGGAGAUAAGGCUGACCAGUUUCUAACCCCUGCCUUCUGCUUCUCAGGAAAGACAGGGAAAGCAAAAAUAAUCCUGUAUAAUCUUAACUGCUUUUAUGUGGUGGACAGAAAGGUUUGAUGUUAAUAAAAGAUAUUUCCCAAUCUUCGUGACAUACCACAUUCUUUCCAUGGGGAUAGAGCUGUAGGGUCUUGGUCACCUGUGUUGGUACUCAAUACAGUGUAGGCAUCUUUUCAAAUAAAACACACUUGUGUACAA